AUGUUGGGAAAUUUGGGUGAGGGGGUGCAGCCCUGGCUGCCUCAGGUGAUCCCCAAAAUUUUGGGAGCUUUGGAAUCUCCGGAGGAGCCGCGGAGCCGAGAGCUGGCGCUGAGCGCUCUGCACGCCCUGGCCUGCACUUCCGGGUCCCUGCCCCUCCCCUCCCCCACCCUGGCAGCUCUCACCGCCCUGGCCCGGGAGGGGCCGCACCAGUUACAGGCACUGGGGGUGCUGGCGGCGCUGGGCCCCGCCCAUUUGGGGGCGGAGCUGCUGGAGCUGCUGCAGCGAGCGCUGCCAUUGGCUGCGGGGGACCCCGAGGCCGCCAAGGUCACUUUCCAGCUGCUCUCGGCCGUCUCGGAGCUGUUGGGGGAGGGGACGGCGCCGCUGCUGCCCCGAGUGCUGCCGGUCCUGCAGGGGGCGCUGCAGCCCCCGCCGCCCCCUCCCUCAGACGCUCCUGAUUGGCUGCUGUGUCUCCAUGACGACGAUGAGGGGGAGGAGCCUAUGGAAGAUGACAUCACCGAUUGGGAGGAGGCGGAUGUGGGCGGGGAAUUCCCCGGAUUGGCGGAAGCGGCCCUGGGAGCACUGGGAGAACUGGCGGAGAACUGCGGUGCUGCUCUCCUGCCCUACCUGGAGCCUGUCCUGGCGGCCGUCGUGGAUCUCACCCAGUUCCCCCUGUGCCAGGUCAGAGGUGCCGCCUACGAGGCCUUGGGGAGUCUGUGCUGCUGUGGGAGGGGCCAGGAACCCCAAACUGCUCCCACCCCCGCCCAGCAGGGGGCGUUGCAGGCGCUACUCUCAGCCCUGGGGGCGGAGCCGGAAGUGGGCGGAGCUUUGUCCGCUGUGGACGGGGUAGGGCGGAUCCUGCAUGGGCCAGGCCACACCCCAAAGGAAUGGCUGGAGCCCAUUGGAGGAGCUUUGUGUGACGUCAUCGCCCGAAAGAUCACCUGCCUGCGAUCCCGGAGGAAGCACGAGGACGGGGAUGAGACCUCCCAACACUCCGAACUCCGCGAAGCCGCCUCCGAUUUGCUGCCGGAACUGGGCGCGGCCAUGGCCCGGGUGGGCGUGGCCGAAACAGGAAGUGAUCUCACCGAAUCCAGAAGGGGCGUGGCUUUUCCGCCACACCUCUUCCGCCGCAUCCUCCCUUCCCUAUUGGCUGCCCUGGCUGACCCCGCCCACCCGGGGGCGCGCUCUUGGGCAGCCGCCGUGAUUGGUCAGGUCGGCCACGCCCUUGGGCCUCAGGCCACGCCCUUUCUGCCAGAUUUAAGCCCGGCUUUACGAUUGGCCGCCGGCGACGCCGACACCGAGGUCAGAGCCAACGUCUUCUACGCCAUUGGUCGGCUCGGCGAGGCCCUGGGACACGCCCACCCUGAGGGGGCGUGGCCGGGGGCGGAGCUUUGCUGCCAAGCCCUCAUGGAUGGGAGGGAGGGCCCGGGGAGGGUCCGGGACAACGUACUGGGAGCACUGGUGCGCCAACAGGGGGCGCCCUUGGAGCAGGUUCUCCCUCUCCUGCUGGGGGCGCUGCCGAUCACCGAGGAUCUCGAGGAGGAGGAGCCAGUGCUGAACUUCCUGUUGGGGGCGGGGCCAGAGCGGCUCCUCCCCCACUCGGCCGAGCUCGCGCGCGGCGUCGGCCCCGCCCUGGCCCAGGAACGGCUGAACCCCGUUCUCAGCCAAUCCCUGCUCGCCCUGCUCCGCCAGGUGGGUGGGGCAAAUCCACAGCACUUCCGGAUGGGCGUGGCCUCCCUGGACCCCGCCCAUGCCGCCAUUUUAACCCGGAUGUUGGAUGAUGUCAUCACCGACCAAUAAAAGCUGAUUAUGAUGAAAAA